AUACAGUACAUACAUUUGUACCCGUGGGACGUUGGCACUCGAAGAAAAACUAUAGUCUUUAGUUGGUGUUUCUCAGCUUGUAGCGCUUGGACCCCCCUCUUCAGGGGAGAGAAGUUUGAAGACCAUGACAUCUAACAUUUCUGUUUUUCUCUGCCUGGUGCUGGUGUCUUGUGGUUCGACUGCAGUCAUCACUGGGGCAUGUGAGAAGGACUCUCAGUGUGGAGGUGGCAUGUGUUGUGCGGUCAGCCUGUGGAUCCGAAGCCUCCGAAUGUGCAUCCCAAUGGGUCAGGAUGGAGAAGACUGUCAUCCAAUGAGCCACAAGGUGCCGUUCUUCGGCAAGAGACUCCAUCAUACAUGCCCAUGUCUGCCCAACCUAGCCUGCAUCCCCAUAGCUGAUGGCAAGUCCAAAUGUCUCCCGUCAUUUCCAUUGCAGGAUCAGUACCUCCGAUGAAGAUGCUCGCCAAAUUUCUGUAUAAAAUGUACAGCUGUGAAAGUGCUUUCGUGAAUUAUUUUAGAUUUAUUUUAUUAAAUUUAUUUAAUCCUUAUGGAAAAUAGAAAAUAAAUUACGGCAACGGGGUCAUGAAAUAAAAGCUAUUGCCAAAA